AAAUUACCGUCAGCGUCUGUAAACCCUGCCAAUCAACUAUUACUAUCUAAAGAGGAUAAAUCUAAACCUAGACAAGGUAUAGUAGUACUAUCUUUUUCAUUUAUUCAACAAAUAGCUCUAUGCAAAGCUUCUAUUUUUGGUGUACGCAUGUAUCCAUUUAUUAAGUGA